GUCCUUUGCACUGCACACCAGCAAGAGGAGGAAACUGCAGCUGUUACUUAAAACACUUGCCUUCUGAUGACCUGCUUUGCAUCUGGACACUUGUAGAUCAGAUUUUUUGGUGUUUCAGCAGAGGGUGGGCGAGCCUCUGGACUCAAACUCGAAGACAGAGCAAGGCUCACCUGAGCACACUGGUGGAUAUCCUUCCUGCAACUGUUCAUUCCAACAUAACAAAAACUAGUUCUUAUCACCACUACAUUCGACAGUCGAGCAGAUCAAGAGCAGGCUCCAAUUUCUGCGCUGUGAAACUGAAUCAGAGGAACGGAGAGGCAAUACAGCAGAGGCAUUGUGUCCCUGCACUUGAAACACUAACCAGCUGAAAAUAUCAAAGACCAUCCUGGACAAAGCGUUCUUCUCAAACCUCCCUUGUUUGUCUAAAAUCUGCAGUUGAAGUAUAAAGUGAUCAAAAGCCGCACAACACUCAGAGAGGACAGGGAGGCUAAGGGGACCAUACACGAGGGAAAAGGAUUGUGUGCAGGUGCCGGGGCUGCCAUGGUGCGUGGAGGUGGCGUGGCAGUAGCUCCUUCCUGUAGGGGCCUGUGGGUGUUUGGUGCCCUGUCGCUGGUGGCACUGUGCUUGUCGGACCAGGCCAUUCGCUGCCCGGUGUGCUCUGAAGAGAGGCUGGCCAGCUGCCGUCUGCCAGAGGGCUGCGAGGAGACGGUGCGGGAGCCUGGCUGUGGCUGCUGCCCCACCUGUGCCCUGCCUAAAGGGGCACACUGUGGCGUCUACUCGCCCCGAUGUGGCACAGGCCUCCGCUGCUACCCGCCGCGUGGUGUGGAGAGGCCACUGCACUCGCUGAUGCACGGUCAGGGGGUGUGCACCGAUGAGCGGGAGGUGGAGGAGAACUCAGCGAUGGACAGGCAGGAUGAGAUCAUCCCUGAGCACCCAAACAACAGCAAUAUCCGGUGCAGUCCACAAGACAAGCGCUGCAUACAGAAGACCCUGGCCCGACACCCUCCCAAAUCCACAAAUCAGAGAAGCAACACCGCUAGGGAGGAGACCAAGGCGGCGCUGGCUCCAUGUCGUGCUGAGCUGCAGAGAGCCUUGGACAGAUUGGCAUCAAAUACCCGCACACAUGACGAUCUCUUCACAAUCCCUAUACCCAACUGUGACAAGAACGGAGACUUCCAUGCCAAACAGUGCCAUCCUGCACGUGACGGCCAGCGGGGAAAGUGCUGGUGUGUGGAUCAGAAGACGGGCAUGAGGCUGCCGGGGCCGUUGGAGCAGCGAGGGGAUCUGGACUGCCACCAGUUAAUGACUGCCACCCUGAGGGAUUGAAGAGCAAGGAGUGGCAGAGGAAGUGCAGGACCAGCUGAAUUCUACUGGUGCUUAUUAGUAGAACUACAAGAGGAAAGGACUUCGCCCCAAAGCCUCACUUCACCUGAGGCCAACGGUACUUGACCUUGCGCAACAAAAAGGAAACCAUUGAAUUGAGUUCUUUUGCUAUUUUGUUUCUGUGUGUGACAGUAUGUGAUCUCUGAGUCUUUUGAGCACUUGUGUAUUGUUUCUACAAUGUGAACCUAAGACUAAUAGUCUUUUGACACAAGCAAUUUAAAAUAACAGGUGGCAGAAAAAAAAAGCCUUCCACAGAUAAAAGCUGUAGUUGUGAUCUUUGUUAGAGAGCAAAGUGUGUUGUUUUCUCUAGUCUAACUUCAGUGUAGUAUUCUUAAAAUGCAUCAACCCCACCAGACAAAACAGGAGCUAUUGGUGUUUUUUUUUUUUUUUUUUUAAAUUCUAAAUUUUAUUCUAGAUCAGUAAAUACUGCAUCAGGACAAACCAGACAGACUCUCAAUGAAAGGUUUGUGUGCUAGUUUUUCAGACAGUUUGUGUAAGUGGUUGUUGUGUGUGGCUCUUAUUUUACUGUCCUAUAUGUUGUAAACCCCACCCAUCUGGUGAGCAGGUAAAAACAUACCAUAAAGUGUGUGUGCAAACACAAAGUGUAGUUCAGCUACGUCAUAAGAGCAGCAAUAAAAGGUGGGAUGAGAACAACACAAAAAUGAAAAAAGAAACAGGGGUAACAAAGGAGUCAACAGCCCCCCCCCCCCCCGCCCCCCACCUAUAAAAAUGAUAAGCCAUAGCUUUUCACAACGUGGGCACCAAAGUGAAAAGUGAUAUUUGUUUGGAAAACUGUAACCGGAAUAGAUUUGCUCCAUCAAACUGUGGUUAACUCUUCAUCCCCCUCUCUUUGCUGAUGAGCUCUCUCUGGCAGUGUAGCUGGGCUUGAAACUCUGUACGCUGCUGAUAGGAUAAUCUUAUUUUUCCAGCUGGUGCUAAGAUGCCAGUGUGACUCUCAUGUUUUUAUGAAUAUGUUUCAACAUACAGGAUUUCUCUCCAAACAGACUGCUCGGCAGAUCUUUGGUGGUGCUAUAUACUGAUCGUGCCAAAACACAAAACAAACAAACAACAAAAAAAAAAUGGCUUCUGCACUUUUCGGGCAUUGUUGAGGAUUGGAACAGAAGACUGAGGUUUUCGGGAAGUGGCGCAAUUAGCAUCAGCAAGUGUGAGGAUCACCUCAAUGUGUGACCGUCUGCACUAGUUACUGGCAAAAGGCUUUCCAUGUGUGUUUUCAUGUUGGUCAAAAUAUGGAAGUAACAUCCCACAUUAGCUUUGCACUAUCACUGCAGCUGACUGGCUGAAUCUUUCAUUGGCCAGUGCUGUAAACUGCAGGCGUGAAGUGUUUUACAUAUACAAGCAGAUUGUAAUAACUUUUAACAAUUAUGGAAGCAAUGCAACUUCUAGCUAACAUGAAGCUUUGAGUGGAGGACACUGGUGUAGCAGUAAAAAACAGCAUAAUGAUCAUUUGGAAACCAGAAUCUCCUCUGUUAAUCUGACAAUGCUAGUUAUCAGUUUUCAUAUCAUCUGUAGGGCAUCACACUAAUAAUCAAUGGAGUGUAUUAACAUUGCAAGUGACAUAGCCACUCCUCAGAUAUUUUAUAUACCAUAGGCGAGGUUGGUAAUAUUCUUAUAGCAGUUUGAUUGUACUGGUGGAGUGCAUUACUUGUUCAGAGCAGAGCAGCAGGUUUAAGCUAAUGCUGGUGUUUGUCUUCACCAGUUAUCGACAGCCUGUUCUGUCUGUUCCAUGGGACACUGGUUAUUACUGACACAAGAAAAGAUUCAUCUCGUGUGGAUGGAUCAUCAUUAUUAUUGUCGGUGUCAUCUGGCAGUUUGUGCCUGGGCUUGAGUUCAAUGGAGAGGAGGGACAAAGAGGGUAGCAAGUUGGGUCAUUCCCACACAGAACAGCAUUAAUGUCAAACUAACAAAUCAUUACUGUGUAGAUUACAGUGUAGUAAUAUCAGAUAUGUUGAAAAGAAAAAAAAAACAUAUUCACAGCCACUGUCAUACAGUGGAUUUUUUGCUCUUUUUGUUUUCUAUGUCUCCACUCUCUGAUUUUACCUCAAUAUCAGUUAAGCUUUAAAUAUGACUAUCUGAGCAAAGCACACUGAAGGGAGGUUUUUCAGCUCCACACAGAAAUAAGAAAAGUGCCAUGAAAACUAUUAUUAUAAGUAUUAUUAUUAUUAUUAUUAUGCAUUUGUUUGCACAUUUUUCCACACUGAAUUUGGUCUUAUCUUUCUAAAAUGCAGUAGCAUAUGCAUACAUAAACAGUCACAGUGAAGACAAAUCAUCUAAUGCUUUUAUCUGUUUACUGUGCAAGGUUGAAAAACAUAAAACCUUCAGGUGUGACAAGUAGUUGCUCUUGCCCAGUAAUGUCAGCUGAUAUGGGCCAGCUCACCCCCAAAAUAAAUCUGACGAAUGCUGUCUGUUAUCAGCAGACUGAAGGUUUCUCUGAUAUGUCUCAGUUCACCCUGAAGGUACCUGAGGUUGUGAGAGUGAAAUUCUAAAGAAUGAAAUUCCCUCUACUAUUUGUACACAUAAAAAAAACUGAAGGGUGUAUUUUUAGUGCCCUUUGCCUUCUAUGAUUUUGCUACAAAACUCACACACAAGAAAAUAUCUUUCCAUAAAUUCAAAGCCUGUAAAGUUUAAUCCUAAUGUACAAUUCAAAGAAAAGCCAUCAAAGGUAACUUCUUUUCUUGUCUCUGUGUUGGCCUAGUUAUUCUGUCAUAUAUAUAAUAUCAGCCAGAAUUCCACACUUUUGGUCCUCAGAUACUAAUAAGACUGCAUACUGCUAGAAAUGUAAGCUAAUCACUGAAGCCACGGUCAAUUUACAGCCUUUGCUGGAAACAGAGUAUUGUCACUCGGUGACCAGUUUUAUUUGUUGCUAAAGCAGAAAUGUAUCCAAAGGCAGUGCACCAAAACACAGACAGACAGAAAGAAAACGGUCUGAGUGGAGAUUCAUUGCUACAGCUUAAAACUAUCAAAAGCCAAAUAUCCUAAAAACUGUUCCAAAGACUACAGUGUAUCUGGAGGCAUCAAUAUUCAUUCAGUGAACUGCAUGCACAUAAAAAAAGCUCAAUCCUAUCUUAUCAUUCAUCAACUAAUGAAGUGUUACUAAACACAUUCAAACACAUUUCUCUGUUAAGUAGUCUUAAUCUUUGAGAGAGAUGGCAAAUGGUUUCGGCUUUGAUUUUGUAAAGGCCUUCUAACUACAUAAACUGUGUAUUUAAGCUAUAGUACAUUGCUUGAUCUCUAACUUUGCUGUAACUGCAUUUCUUGAGAAUAGACUGUUCCUGUUUGCCUUUGAUAUUAUCUGUUAAUGUGUAGAAGAUAAGAAUUAAUGUUUGCAUGCAUCCAAAUGGACUGGGGUUGGGAACAGCUAAGGUCUUGUGUAUCUUGUCCAGAACGGGAUUCUUAUAUUCAAACACUGAAGUGAUCAAAGAACUGAAAUAUAGAGUUUCAACCGAUUAAAUAAUCAGCUACAUUGUAAAUGUUUACCGGAUGAAAAUGUACACAUUGUAAUACAUCAAUUAAAACACUUUAGAAACUGUAAUGUUGUUGCUGUUAUUAUUUGUAGCAGUAGUAAUAUUACUGGCAGCAUUAGACGAUUUUAGCUUAUUAACAGAUGUGUCAGUACCAGUGUAUAUGAUGGCCUGUGUGUUAGGAGAAUUUCUCUAAUUUCAGCUUUAAUAUAUAUUUUUUGAUGCGUUUAUGUUUUUAGUUGUUACUGAUGCUAAUUUAACUGCCAGGUGUCUUUUAUACACAUAACGAGUUGAGAUUAGGAGUACUUUCCUAAAGGGACAGGACUAAUUUGUGUGUUUCAUAGGCACAUAA